AUGUCCGAUGUCCACUGGAUCCACAUCACCAACAUAACCGGGGCCGUCGGAUUGGCUCUUUCGCUCUCCUCCAACUCGAUUCUGCUCGGGAUGGUUCUCUCGAAAAUGUCGCCGAUUCGGGGAGUUUACAAGAACAUUCUCAUUUUCUAUUGCAUCUUCACCAUGUUCUAUUCGGCCGUCGAAAUCUUUUUGAUGCCACUGAUCCACAUUUACGAUGACACGUUGUUUGUGAUGCAACGAAAGUGGUUUGACAUGAACUCAACAGUUUCCCAUUUCACAACCAGUGAGCACCAGUCCUACUUCUGCAUGUAAUGCUUGUUUUCUUUCAGCUGUGUACUGCGGCUGUUAUGCCAUGAGCUUCGUUCUUUUCGCUCUGCAAUUCUUGUACCGAUACGUGGCAACUUGCAAGCCUGUACACGUCCGUCUAUUCAAAGGGUUCCGAUUUGGUUUUUGGAUAAUCGGAGCUAUAUUUAUUGCGUUGACGUGGCAAUCCGCUGCUUGCUUUUUGUUCCCAAAGAGCUCAAGAACUGAAGAAAUAUUAUCAUUCAUACUGGACUCGUCAUACAGUCUCGAUCCCCGCUAUAUUGAUUACAUUCCCUAUAGAUUCGUGAGUUCUCAUCUACUUUUUGUCAACGUGUGAACUUUAUUGUUCAGUUCGAAAAUGAGAAUGGCGCUCGCAAAGUGAUAACAUUGAACAUCAUCGGAAUCGUCCAACACGUCAUCGUCAUGACUGUUUCGUUCGGAACUCUUUUCUUCUGCGCAUUCAAAACUUACUCAACAAUUAGUAAGCACAAGGGGAUUUCAUGCAAAACGAGAGAGCUUCAAGUGCAACUGUUCAGAGCGCUAGUUGUUCAGGUUUGCCGGUGAAAAUCGUAUUUAGAUCCAUCUAUCUCGAUUCAGGCCACAAUCCCAACUGUCUUCAUGUACUGUCCGCUGCUCUUUUUGUACGGUUGUCCUCUGAUGAACAUUCAACUCGGCGCCAUGGCCAAUUAUCAGACCAUCAUAGGACAGCUGUACUCUGGCGUGGAUCCUUUUGCCAUUAUUUUCCUCAUCACCGCCUACCGCCGGACCCUCAUUAGUGAGUUUGAAAACAUAAAACACGGAACUCAACUCGCUGCUUCAGAAUGGAUUUUCUGCCGUCUGUCCUCACACGCCGGUUCUUCGGCAAACGAUAUUUCACAGAAUUACGACGGCGUCGGGGGAACGGCUCCUCGAGCAGACAUCGGCCGCCCGAAGAGCUCCACUGUCAGCGCGCACAUCCCUCAUUAAGAAAUGAAGCGAUUCUUCUGAAUCCCAAGUGUUUUCUGUUUUCGAUUGUAGUCGUUCUAUUUCCUCUGUUCCCCAGAAUGCCUGAUUCCUACUGGUUGGAACUGACCGCUUUCGGUGGACAAUUUGGAUUUUACAUUUCUCUGUGUGCCAAUGCGAUUCUCCUCUUACUCAUCCAAUAUAAAUCGUCUCCGCUUAUGGGAUCUUACAAAGUAUUACUCAUUUUCAUUACUCUCUUCUCCGUCUUUUACUCUUUUGUUGAAAUGGAAGCGAAAAUACUCAUCCACAUGCACGACAACACUCUGUUUUUGAUCUACCAAAAGUGGGAGAACAAGCCGCCCAUGAUAACAAAGAUCAUACCGAGUGAGUAAUGUAAGAAUCAUUGAGAAUGGUUGUAUUGAAAGUUGUUAAGCCACUUAUUGCUGGUGCUUUUCAAUGAGCUUCGUACUGCUCGCCCUACAAUUCAUUUAUCGUUAUAUUGCAGUCUGCAGGUGAACAAAAAUGAAAAAUCAGCGGAAUGAAACGCUUUUUUUGGAGAUAUGAAUGGCUGGAUUAUAUCGAGGGAUGGAGGAUGUAUCUGUGGAUUUUUGGAGCCAUCCUGGUCGGUGCAAGUUGGGCAUCGGCGUUUGUCAUUUUGUUUCCGAAGACUGAAAGAACCGAUUUGAGUUUUUCCCACUUACUGAACACUGUUUAUAGUCUAGAUCCUGAAACUACCGACUAUGUUCCUUUAAAAUAUGUAGGAUUUCUCGAAUAAGACGUCUGGACCAGAAUUUAAGUUUCAGUUCAACUACGAGAAUGGAACUCGAAAAAUCGACAAACUGAACAUACUCGGAAUGACACAGCAUAUGACAGUAACUGUACUUUGGUUAUACUGAGGACUGAUCUAACCGUCAGGGGCUUUUUACAGAUACUGGCACUUUCUAUUCUGUUCUUUUGUGGCAUUUCCAUCUAUUGUACAGUCAAGAAACACGAAAGUUCGACGUCUUCCUCGCAAACACGUUGUCUUCAACUCCAACUGUUCCGUGCACUCGUCGUUCAGACCCUCAUCCCUGUUUUCUUCAAUUUUAUCCCGUUGAUGUUUCUCUACAUAUGCCCGAUUCUUGACGUUCAGCUCGGUCCUCGUACCAACUACCAAGUGAUCAUGGCCCAACUCUAUCCGGCUCUCGACCCUAUCGUAAUGCUCUUCAUUAUCGAAGACUACCGGAGCACACUCAUCGGUCAGUUGCUUUCCGCUUAUUUCCUAAUUAAUGUUCAUGAUAUAUCUAGAAAUAAUGAGAAUGGCUUGUAAAAACGACAUUGCUGUUUACGACUACGACCAGUCGCAGUACACUGAUUUCAUGAGGACCGAGAAUGAGUCGGGGAGAGUGACAACGUUUUGA